UAGUUUGUAAAAUUCUCUAACGAUCGCAAACACCUUGCCCUAGCCAAGGCAUUUUGAUUCAUUUUACUACUAGUGUCAUUAUCAUCACCAGUGUGUCCAAAGAAAUAUUUCAAUUAAUACGACUAGUUUUUUUAUUUUAUUAAUACAACAAUUUAUUAUUUGCAUGUGAAAGUCGAGUUAAACAAGUGAAAAAAGUCAAUGAAUUUAAUAUAAAAAAAUGCAUCUCAAACAUUUAGUAUGCUUAACAUUAUCGACCUCUCUACUUUGGAUGCUGUGUGCAUAUCCCACACAAGGAGAAACAUCGAAAAUUUUAGCUGUAUAUCCAUUUCCUGGUAAAAGUCACUUCAUGAUGCACAGAACCAUCAUUAAAGAGCUCAUACAGAGAGGUCAUCAAGUAACGAUGAUAACAGCCUUCAGUUUAAAGGAUUUAAAGUUGGGUUCAAAUUAUACAGAGAUUUUAGUUGAACCAGUUUAUGAUUUUUGGAGUGAUAUAAUAGAAUACUUUAAAGCUGAUAAUAUAUUUGAGCUGUCUGAAAUGGACUUUUUUGGUUUUUUGAAAAUGUUGGAAAUAGUUGGCUUGAAAACCACCGAACAUGCUUUAAAACAACCAAAAGUACAGGAAAUUAUCAAUCAUCCUCACCCAAAAGGACAAUAUGAUUUGCUGUUGAGUGAACAGUUCUAUCAGGAGCCCUUCUUAGCCUUGUCCUAUAUAUACGAUAUACCGGUGGUGACCAGCAGUACUUUGGGUUAUGAAAAUCAUAUGAGUCAAAUGAUGGGUGUGCUAACGCCCUGGUCCUUUGUGCCCCAUGGUUUUAUGCCCCUCACCGAUCACAUGAGUUUUAUGGAACGUGUUAAGAACAGUUAUUAUUCAUUGGCUGAGGAUUUGACUAGAGAAUGGAAUUUAUUUCCAAAAAUGGAUAAAUUGGUGCAACAAUAUUUUGGCCAUUUGAAAGUUAAUAUACCUCCAAUUUCCCAUAUGGAAAAGAAUAUCUCUGUAAUGUUUCUCAACAGUCACACACCACUGACCAGCUCCAGGCCCACAAUUGGCGGUAUGGUACCUGUUGGAGGCAUGCAUAUCUAUCCACCCAAACAACUGCCUCAAGAUAUAAAAACUUUCUUAGAUGAAGCAGAAAAUGGUGCCAUAUAUUUCAGUUUGGGCAGCAAUGUCCAAUCCAAAGAUAUGCCUGCUGAAAAACUUAAAAUUUUCCUGGAAGUAUUUGCCUCUAUGAAAGAGCGCAUUUUGUGGAAAUUCGAAAAUGAAACUAUAGCAAAUCUGCCCAAAAAUGUCAUGAUCAAAGCCUGGCUACCACAAGCCGAUAUAUUGGCUCAUCCCAAUGUCAAAGUAUUCAUUACCCAUGGCGGUUUGUUCGGCACCCAAGAAGGUGUCCACUAUGCCGUACCUAUGUUGGGUAUGCCCAUCUAUUGUGAUCAACAUUUAAAUAUGCGCAAAGCUGUACAAUCUGGUUAUGCCAUCAAUUUGCAUUUCCCAGAUAUAACCAAAGAAAUAUUGAAGGAAUCGCUAGAGAAAUUACUACACGAUCCCUAUUAUCGUAACAAUAUCAAUAGAAUUUCUAGCAUAUUCCAUGAUCGUCCUAUGGGUGCUCGAGAAACAGCCAUGUAUUGGAUAGAGUAUGUGAUACGUCAUAAUGGAGCUACGCAUUUGAGAUCAGCCGGUUUGGAUCUUAAGUGGUAUCAGUUCUACUUAUUAGAUGUCAUUGCCUUUGUUGUGGGCUGUAUUGUUCUGACGUUGGCAUUGUCUUGGUUUGCAUUACGUAUGAUUUUAUAUCGUAAGCCCAAACAUGUGAAAUCUAAGACACAGUAGUGAAUUGCAUUUUAAUUUAUGUUUAUUUAAAUUGUUUUAAUAAAAAUAUUGAUUUGAAGUGAA